GUCAGCUGCUUGCUUCAACAGCGGUGCAACGUUGUGCUUGCUUAGUAAACUUUAGUUUGAAAUUUUAAUUUGUUUGUGUGUGCUGCUAACCGUGUGUUGUGUGAUUUUAACUAACUGUAAUGUGCUGUUUCUAGUCCCCAAAACCAAACCCAGUUGUGUACCUUGUUCAGAGAUUUCAACAACAUAAUCCAUAGAUAACCGACUACUACCGGUCAACGCAGCAUCACCAUCAGUAGCCAGAAGACCAUGCGCUAGACUCUUUCGCAAGAAAAAAGAAACCCAUUCGACAAUCGCUUCGCUUUCGCCUACCCGCUUGUGCAUCAAAAGCAACAACCACACGACUUCCUACGGAGUAUCGUCUAUUUUUUAUACGGUGAACGCAAGUGCAUAGCUACCUUACCUAGACAUGGACAAUAAUUCUACCUGAUCUGAAGCCUAUCGAACGUUUUCUCGCGCGUUUCGUCCGCCCAGUCGCGACCACAGCCACCUACAUUCUCGACGUUUUCAAGAGUCGACGCUCCUGAUCGACGAUGGCCAUGGUCAAUAUGAACAACCUGUUGAACGGCAAGGAUUCCAGAUGGCUGCAGCUGGAGGUGUGCAGAGAGUUCCAGAGGAACAAGUGCUCCAGACCGGACACUGAGUGCAAGUUCGCCCAUCCCCCGGCCAACGUCGAGGUGCAAAACGGUCGUGUCACGGCGUGCUACGAUAGUAUUAAGGUUAGUGGGUGGAAUUGUUUUAGAUUUUGUACCUUUAUGGACCACUUUGCAUUUUUAAUUUUUCGAUUUUUUCAUUGAACAUUAUUGGAGGCUUAACUAGAGCUAGCUUAACACAAGCAGAACCAUACUUCGUAAAUAAAAGUUCAAUCACGAAACCGAUUCGGUAUUAUGACGCUUCUGAACUGCCAUCAUAGAGAUACUUUGUUCCACGAAUGUUUUGCCUAAUCUGAUGAAACUUUUUUUCCUACACGAAAUCAGGGGAUGUUAUGAAAAAAGUGUUUUCACUUAUAAUUACUCUAGUGCUUUAUUUUUUCAACAGUUAAAGCACAAGAGCUGUUUCUUUUUCAUCCGGAUAAUUUUCUCUCGCUAACGAAAAAAAUUUGCCAAUCAGUUAUUUUGCGAAAAAAACUGACAUGAAGUAAUUGCGAGACCGUAGGUCGAACAAUUUUGUCGAAUGUCAGUUUUUCGAGAUGAAUUAUUGAUGAUUUCGUGUUUCUUGUAGUUUGCGGAAUUGAUUUUUCAUAUUUUUUGUGAUUUCUUCAAACAAAAUGUCACUAAAACUUGUAUCAAUUUAAUGAAUGCAUUAAUAAUUUUUUUUAUUUAUCAUAAUGCUUCCUUCAUUGACAAAUAAUAAUUUGCAUUGAAAGUUGUCAUGUACAUAAUAAAAUACGAUAAAAACAAACAAACAUAGUUGACAUCAACACUCAUUCUAUUCGCUAAGAUAUUCAGAUAUCGAAUAAUGACAUCCCUCCAGAAGAAACUGUUUCAAUGAUUUUUUGAAAGAUAUAGUAUUAUUACAGCUUUUGGUGCGAUCUGGAAGAUUAAUAAAUAGCCGAUUGAUAACUCAACGUUAAUCUGACUGAUUGAGUAUGUAUAUCAUUUUCAAUCAUCGUAUCAUAAUUCAUUAGGUAUAUUUUCAUCACGGGUGUAGGUAUUUCUAUUCUGAUGAAUGUAUACACAUGCUUCGAAAAUAUAUAAUGCUGUUAGCGUCAAUAUACCUAAUUUUGGAAAUAAUCAUACAUUAUUGUUAAUGGAUUUUUCAAUGUCUCCACUCGAAGACUCUUCAAAUCGCGACAUUUCCACAGAUGAGAUAUACUUUUCUGACAACAACAAAAAUUGAGACUGAUUGAAAUAAACGCCAUCAGAUUCGUUCACAAUUUUGGUUGUCGUGGUUUCAUUUGUAAGUUUUUGUUCUAUCGCUGUAAAACUUAUAGGGCAAAGUUUUUUUCGCUUUCAUCAUGACAAAAUCACAGUGCCUCAUGAGAUUUUAUACACAUGAAUGAAAUUAUCUGCCCAAUUUUCAGUUGUAAAUGUGAAUUAGGUUAAUAAAACUGUUUUCUACAAACCUAAGCAACUGCAAUUAGGAGAUGCGAAGGAAACUAAAAGUUUCAUUUUCCUUAUUUACAGUUGCAAUUGUAAAUUAGCACUAAUUUACAGAUUCGUGAAAUGAAAGUUUUUUCUAGAUGGCAGUUCAGACGCGUGGUAUUUUGAAGUUAUAAUUCAAGGUUUCAAUCCUAGCCUAUUGCCAAAUUUUUCAAUGAUGCUUUUUUUGAAUCAGAACCAUCACUAGAACCAAGAAAAGAGAUGGAGAAUAUAAUUUCUACGCAUUUCUAUCGAUUUCGAAUUCCUCCCACCGAGAUAUCGAGUUAUUUUCUCGGUUAUUCUGCUUAUCAGUCCGGAGGUCAAGUAUUUGAGCAUAAUAUUUUUUCAGCCAAAAAUUCCACUUUUUGAAAAUUGAAAAAAAUCCGAAAAACUGUUUCAAGUUGUACGUAGUGGGCAGGUUUUUUUCGUAAAUGUAUGCUACUGAGCAACAUUUCAUUGAAGGCCAAAAUGACAGGGCCAAACUCGAGGCCAAACUGCUGGUUGAAUUAUGUAAAGUUUAAUCGAACUGAUGAUUCUUUCAUGAAAAUUUCGCCAACUUGUUUCAACAUCUUACUGAUGACUUCUAGUUCUAGAUGUUAUCCAAAUUUUAUGGUUUCCAGCUAUGUCCGAUUACUUCACUAGCCAAUCGUCUGUUCAUUGCGGUUCAUUGUUUUUCCAC